CUUCCCGUUGAUCUAGGCCCUUGCGAAGGCAAAGCGCGCACACACUCCAGGACGACGCGAGGCGGCAGGAAACGAGCUCACGCGGCCGCCACAGCCUCCUUCUGCUUGCGCGCCGAGUUUCGUGGAUAACCGGAGCCGGCAGCUCACAGCGCCACCAUGCGCCCUGCUGAACUGCGGUCUCCGAGCGCGCAAGGCGCCGCGCGGCGCAAGGGCACCUCCUCGCUGUGGCUGAAGCGCAACUGGGUCCUCCUCGCGCUCUUCGCCCUGGCCCUCGCCUCCGCCGGCCUCAGCAUCAGACUAUUUAUCGUGCCGUGCGACGAGAAGACCAGCUACGAGACGACGAAUAUAACUACCGUCGUCAACUUGACGACCUACGAGAACCGCACCGUGCUCGAGAAUGUCACCGUCACGGAAACGGUCUUCCAACUCGAAAAUAUCACCACGAGCGAAAACGUAACAAGGGAAAUUUCAUAUAAUGUUACGACCGAAGUAACGACGACGCACAACAUUACGACCCAGCAGCCCGUGGACGUGGUCAUCGCCCUGGACGCGUCUCAUAGUGUCUCGGAUACUAGCUGGGCGGCCGAGAACCAGGCCGGUCGCGAACUACUGAGGGGGCUCCGCGACUCUUUGACGGGUGACUUACGCGCGGGCGUGGCCGUCUGGGCGAACGACGGCGCCGUGCGGCAGACUCUUACAGAAGUAGGUGAAGCCACGGUGGACGCCAUGGCCGACUUUGCUCGCUUACCGUAUUGCGGCGCCGUGCCGGGACCGUACUCCCCAAAAGCCGAGCAGUACUCGCAGGCCUUCUGCCAGGGCGACCCGCCGGGCGUCCAGGACGCGGACCACGCCUACGACCUGCGCCACGAUUCGACGAUGGGCCUCAUCGGCGUGCACACGUACUACGCGCAAGCGCUGCUGAAAUGCUUCGAGGAGCUUACCUCUGAUGAAGACGCGUUCAAGUUGUGUGUCGUCGUGACUGACGGCCAGAUCUCGGAAGAUCGGUACGCGCAGUGCGAUGCUGGAAUUCGCCGCUCCACGAUGACCUACACGUCAGCUAUGAGCGGCGACUUCUACGACGCCGGUGCGGAGCUCUACCGAGUCGACGGAGAUCCGGUCUGUACCGAUGGGUUAGCAGACAACCGCUGGAUCUCGCCCGCGGCGUUUGAAUUCUGCCAGAGCCGUUCGAUGACGGAGUGCACCGUCGAUUCGAUAACACAAGCCCUCAAAGCGAACGGCAUCAAGGUUCUGAAUGUUCUCGUGAGCGAGACCGAAGACCAGUCCUCGUACGAGCCGCGCAUGAGUGAACUAUCGUCGUGCGACUCGACGAUGCUAGAUCCGGAUUGCCCGUACCUCCAGGCCCAGGCGGACUUCGCGUCGCUGGCGCUGGCGGCGUCGAACAUCGCCGAGGACGUCGCCGUGCUCGUGGAGACGGUCACGACCACAGUGGAGGAGACGACCGAAGUGACCGAGGAAGUGACCGAGGUCCAGACGUCGCAGGAGGAAGUGACGCGCGAGGUCGAGGUCGAGUCCAUCGAGACGCGCACGUCCGAGGAGCUAGUUACGAAAAUCGAAAAAAGCACGGAGCCGACCGAGGUGACGGAAUCCAAUGUCACCCAGAAAACGAUCUGCACCGGAAGCCCCAUCUCCUUCACGCUGCUGGUCUUGUGUCUGCCGUUCCUGGUGUACCUCUUCCUCAAGCCGUUGUUGAAUUGCCUCGAGAACUGCUGCUGCCCGCGCUCUUCGGAGGACGCGGAGCCGCUGGUCAUGCACGCGAACCCCGCGUUCGGUCUGGAUCUGGAGGCCUCGCAAGCGCGCGCGGCCGCGCGGGCGCCGCGGCGCCGGUCGACCAUCGACAAGAUGUUGAUGCGGGCGCGCCACCUGCGGAAGAAGAAGAACGUCGGAGACGCCGAUCCCGCGGCGGCGCCGGCGCCGCUCCGGACGGCGGCGCCCGUGACCACCGAGCAACCGACGCGCCGCCGGUCCGCCGUGGCCGCGCUCGCGCGCGACGCCGAGACGGAGUGGGCGUCGGGCGUCGCCGCCGUGUAUGAUGGAGACGACUGGCAGGAGUCCGUGGCCGACUUCUUCAUCGGGUUGGUGUUCUGCCGGUUCUGCCGAUCGAGCGCGGAGCCCGCCGAGGGAAAGAACCCGUUCGAGGAGGAGAGCAAGGAGGACAUCUUCUAGUUGGACGCCUCUCCCCGCCCCCCUCCCUGUGUAACUAUCGAGAUCCCAA